CCUCCAUCUACAUCUACACAUUGCACCCUUCAUCUGUAGCAUCCAUGAAUUCAGAGAAGACUGUGGGGGCAAUUAGGGAUGGACCUGGAGAGAAGCUCAACACCGCUCGGGCCGCGCCCCUCGACAGCACCUCGCAUCCUCGUUCCGAACGACCGCCAGCCCGAACGUCACAGGACUUCAAAACUGUUCGCGAAUACUAUGUGGCAGUUGCGAAGAAUGAGUACCCCGAGGAGAACGUUGAGCAGCUCGACGAUCUCCACUUGAUCUAUUCCUACCAGCGCCUUGCUGGCGAUGGGAAGCUGUCGUAUGACCAAUUCAUCAAGAAUUUCCAGGACGAGUGUGAGGACGAGUCUUCGUACACAGGCGAGGUGAUUGAGGUGGAAGCACUGGCAACGGCAAAGCUGGAUAAGCCACUAACCGUCAUUGGAGUGACUCAUGACCUUCUAUUCAGUAUUCAAGCAUCUGAUUCACCAUCGCAGCUUAAGCCUGUACCCGGGGAGGAAGACGUGCACUACACUAGCAUCCCGGGAUCGAACCUCGCGUUACGGAUUUGGGGCAAAGGGAUGGAAGAUGAACAUUACUAUUGCCUCGACUUCGUUGAUAAGGACACACUGCAGGCAGUCAAUAUGCCUUCCGACUUCAAGCUCUACACGGUGCCGCCGAUGGACAGUUGGUGGCGUCCUCACUUCGGUGGGCAGAUGUUCUCAUUGGAGAGUGAGUUCCAGGUCCCUCAACAGGAGCUGAAGGCUGGGGAGGAGAAGUUUCUGCUGUCCGAAGGUGAUUGUAUAAGGCUGUCACGGAAGGGAGCUAAAGAGCUGUACGUGAACGUACCAAUCAGGCCUAGAGAUCGCAGGCCGCCUUGGCUCAGAGGGGCAUAUGUUUCCACCUUCGGUCCAGCCAGUGCUUUGGACUCUGCACCAGAGGCCGGAUCGUCAUGCUGA